AUGUACAUCACAACAGCCAGACCAUCAAGCGGUUUAUCAGGCUGCCGUGUCAUUUAUAACUUUUAUCCCAUAAAUACAGAUACAUCAGCAAUCAACACCACCGCUGAAAUCACCAUUCAUCGACUGACAAGCGAUAAAAUGGCAGGGCUCGUCAUGAACCUAUACGGUAACUUUGCUGGACAGCUUAUCGGUAAAUCGUAUCAAGGGGAAGACCCCAAUCAAGGUGUCAAUAUCAUCGAUUAUGAAGACGGUUGCUACGGUAAAUUCAACUGCUGGAUUCCAACCAAUUACACGGAUCCGUACCCAGAUUUGUAUACAACAGUAGCUACAGACAGAGACAGAGACAUCUGUGACACGAACAACGGCAUCGAUGCUAUUGAUGCUCUCGAGGACCACAGUGAGCUCAUUGUCACAGAACUUGAUACAGUAACUGUGACAGAGACAGUGUUGAACGUAUUGACACUGGUUUCCACAAGCACAACAUCCGCAGGUGAAACCCUACGCACUACAGCCUAUCUCACAUCAACAAGUCAGGUCAUUGAAGCGAAUCGAAUCAUCGAUUCCACAUCCACACAUGUUGAACAGGAUACAACCACGACGACUACCACAACUGAGUCUGUAUACAUUGUGGAAAAGCAGACUACCACUACCAUAACCACCAUCAUUCAAUUAGUCAAUUGA